AUGAAGAAGUUCCUGAGGCCGGAACGUCUGGAUGCUACGCCGAACUCUCCUACCACUUCAAAGGAGUGGCGCCACUGGUUCCGGACCUUCAACUCGUUCCUCACCUCCAUUUCUGCUCUCGAGCCCGAUAAGCUAGCCACUCUCUGCAACUUCGUCUCCUCAUCUGGUUAUGUAAGACUUGUACAUAAAGCCGAAGAACGAGGUGUUCACCCGUCAUCUACUAACUACCAAGAGGCAACAGUCGGGCGAGAGUUUGGACGAAUAUUUACAGGAACUUCGUCAGCUCAACAAGGACUGCAACUUAAAAGCUGUCACAGCAUAGGCGAACAGAGACGAGUAUAUCCGCAACGCUUUUAUCAAUGGUCUACUAUCUCCUAUGAUCAGACAGCAUCUCAAGAAAACAAGACUCUCAAUUUGGCUACUGCGUUCGACCAGGCUCGCCCGCUUGAUCUGGCUCAAAGAAACACCGAGUCCUAUCUUCGGUCUCAGGUUCCUACGAACACUGCCGCUGUUAUUUCACCUGAGAAAAUCGACAUUGAUGGCUCUCCCUUCUUAGCUGCCACUCAGCAACCAAAGUGUUAUUUCUGUGGUGGAGCACGGCUUAACCGACCUCAGUGUCCUGCACGUAAUUCAACUUGCCACAAAUGUAACAAAAAAAGGCCAUUUAGCGAAAGUAUGCAGAUCAUCUCGUUACUCACCUGCUACUUCAUCUUUCACUUGUGCGGUCUUACACUCUCCUACUUUGGCUGCAAUAUCUGCGACUUCCCCUGGCUGUCUCGCUCGAUCUACCAUAUAUGUGCUUGUUAA